UUGCGCUUGUAGCGUCGCUUUGAUGGGGCUUGUUUAUUGUUUUCACUCGGGACUGUGGUACUCUCCAAACCAAGUUUGAGAUGAUACACGUUUUCAGCGAUUUGUACCAGAAGGGCUCAUCGUUGUCGGAGUCGCAGAAUCGCGGUUUUGGGGUAUGAAACUUCUCAGCGCAGCUGUGUUCACGCUUCGAGACAAGCUGAGUGUGUCUGGUGUGUCGAGUCCGGGCUCCGGUCACUGCCAGCGCCGUAUGUGUGGACUCUCUCGCUGACUUACUUUGACUGUUUUCUGAACCAGACUUUUCCACCUGAACUUGGUUGGCUGAGGAACUUCACAACCAGUUUUUGGUUAAUCCAGGCCCGUGUGGAGUUUGUCCCUCCCCUCCCCCCGGGCGAGGCGAAGGCAGUACGGGUGUGUGUGGUAUGUGUUAUCUUACAGCACUCCUCUGACUGUCCCCACAAACCGUACACUGCAAUGAGCUUGAGAGUGCAUAGUCACCAUGGCGACGUGGCCGGCCGUUUUAAUGAGGACGCCCCUCGCCCCCCUGUUCCAGGAGAGGAGGACAGUGAUGUGGUCCCCUGCUUCUCCAGACCGUACACUGCUAAAGGUGACGCUGUGCGGGGAGAAGGUGCGGCUGCCACCCCCCGUCGCUCUGACCUGGACCUGGGCUAUGAACCAGAGGGCAGUGCCUCGCCUCCACCAGCACACCUGCGGUGGGCGGAGUCUCUGCACUCGUUGCUAGACGAUGAGGAUGGCACUGCUCUUUUCCGCUCCUUCCUGCAGCAGGAGGCAAGUGCCGACCUGCUCGACUUCUGGUUCGCUUGCAGUGGCUUCCGGAAGCUUCCAGCAGCAGCCGGAUCAGACGGGCGGAGGCUCAAGCUCGCUAAAGCCAUCUACAGGAAGUACAUUGCAGACGGGGGCGGGGCUGGGGGCGGGAUUGUGGCGAAGAAGAUCAAGCCGGCGACCAAGGCCUUCAUUCGUGGAUGUGUGAGUCGGGCACAGCUGGACUUGGCGCUGUUCGAGCAGGCCCAGGUGGAGGUGCAGGCGAUGAUGGAGGACCACGCCUACCCACUCUUCCUCAAGUCCGAUGUCUACCUCAACUACGCCCACACGGGCGUAGAGAACAGCCCUAGGCCAGCCAUGCAGCUCCCCCCGUCGCCCGGUAACCGGGAGACACCACUGCCGGGGUACCUGCCCACACUGAUGGAGGAUAAGGAGUGGGCAGAUCCUAUGAAAGACCACACCCACUCUAGCGGGCUGACUCAGAGGCUGCUUAUGGAGACCGCCUCUCUCCGGAGCUCAGCCAAUUGGAAGGGGGCAAGGUCUGGGAUAAAGGAACUAGCUAACCCGUAUUAUGUGAACAGUGGCUUUUCUCGUGCACCGCUAACCAGCACCAAUGAUUCGGAGCUUCACAGCCUAUCCAGCGACGCUGACACCAUCUCUUUGACUGACAGCAGUGUUGAUGGCGUUCCUCAAAGUCAGAUUCAUAAGCAACUGCGCAGACACAUGCAGGAAAGUGUCCGAGCCAACGGCCACGUCCCUCUACCUCACAUACCUCGGACCCACCGUAUGCCAAAGGACAUCCACGUGGAGCCGCAGAAAUUUGCAGCUGAGCUGAUCAGCCGUCUGGAGCUUGUCCAGCGGGAGAGAGAGAAUCUCAGACGCCUGGAAGAACAGCUCCACAGAGUCCGCAUGGAAGAAGAGUGUGAUGUUGCAGAUGUGUCCAUGGCAACCUCAUUAUCCUCCUCCACUAAGACUGGCCAGGUCCAUGUCCGUCACCGUGAUACCCUACAUGCUGUCAGCCAAUGGCGUGAUGCUCAUGAUGACAACCCUGAGAGUAUCCUCGACGACCACGUUCAGAGGGUCAUGAAGACGCCGGGGUGCCAGUCACCCAGAAACCCUGCCCACACUUAUACUCAGAAACAUCUACACCAUACACACAUGGAAACGGAGACACGGACCACUUAUGCCUGCAAUGGAGACUUCCAUUACUAUGGAAACCGAGGGCAUUGUUAUAGUGAUGGUUUAAGCAUGAUGGACGGGACCAUUCAGAGCGAGGAGCUGCCGUACAGUAGUCAGCUUAACUCAUUGUCCAGACGGAAUGGGCACGGUAAGAGUGAUGAUGGGUGUGACAUUGAUGGACGUGGUCUGGAUGGGCGGGGUUUGGAUCUUCCUGAGGAGGCGGACCAAAAACAGAAGAUCCUUCAGUGGAUGCUGGAGGGAGAGAGAGAGAGCACACGCCACAGGAAGAGCGCUUCCGGCAUUCGUCCGGGGUGGGCAAGUGGGAGUGAUCAAUAUGACCCAAGCUCUGCCCCCAGCCAAUCAGAGGAGACGAGGUGGAGGAUGGAGGAAGAGAAGCGCAGAUCCACUCCACAUCAUAGCAAACAGAGGCUGAAGUCCAGUAACAGGCGGAGGGCCGUGUGUGACAUCAUCACCGUGGCAUACUACUUCUGUGGAGAGCCCAUUCCAUACCGUACGUCUGUGAAGGGUCGGGUCGUGACCCUCGGCCAGUUCAAAGAGCUCCUGACUAAGAAAGAGGCUUACAGGUUUUACUUUAAGAAGGUGAGUGAUGAGUUCGACUGUGGUGUGGUGUAUGAGGAGGUGCAUGAGGAUGACGCUGUGCUGCCCAUCUUCGAGGAGAGGAUCAUUGGGAAGGUGGAACGCAUCGACUGAGUGCACGCAAGCCUCUCGCCCCCCGCCCCCCGUGCGUGCUCCCCAUGCACGCUCCUCAUGUACGCUUCUUGUGCACGCUCCCCGUGUACGCCCCAGCAGCUGUGUCUCAGGGCAGGAAGAGCACUCAGAGUAUUCAUAUUGUUUAUACAGCAGUACAAAGCCAGGUGUGUGUGGUUCUGUUUUUAUCAUUUUUAAAUAAAGGUGCUGCUAUGUAAAUGCUGGCUUUCUAUAGUGGGUUUGUAUUGUGUUUUGGUUUGUUUUGGGUGGUGGACAAUGUUAUACGAUAUUUGUUUUAAAAUGAAACUCUCAGUGCUGGUUAUCCUGUGUGAGUGGGUGGUGGAGUCCAUUCAGCCUUAAAUGCUCCACUGUCUCCAUCCUGGAUGGUCUGCAGAUUGAGACCAGCUGAUGGAGACCCCAUGUUCCUUCCUCCUGCUUGUCUGAUGCCUGUAAACCAGGUCUAUAAUUGUACUGUAAACAUGAACAUGUAAACAUCACCAUGUCCUCAGUUGGAUUCUUGUUGUUGUGCUGAGCCAAAAUUUCGUGUUAAAAGAAGCAUUCUAUAAUGUUACCACCAUGACCUAGUCGAACAGCUACAACCAGAGGUGUGUAUGUGUGUCUGUACGUGCGCGUAUGUUAUGCACAUGUUUGUGUGCAUAUGUGUGCAUGUAAAUCCAGUGCAUGCGCGUGUUCGUGUGCGUGUGUGCAUGCAGAGGUCAGGUAUAACUUUCUGUAAGGCUUUAUUGUCAUAUUAUGCAUUUCUUUUAAGUGUCACUCAACUGUGAAUACUAAAAUAUAGUCUAUGGGACUAAUAUCCAGUACACACUACCUUAAGACACACUACAGGGAAAGUGCAGACUUUUGCCUGUAGCCAGUGUGUAUAUGUCAGGAAAUGUAAAGGUUAAAGCAGAAUAUUCAUGCAUUAAUUACAACAACUACAAAUCCAAACAGAACCACAUGAACCAAUCAGAGAUGCCUUCAGAGAGUCAUCUCUGACACAGUCUUGACCCUGUGUCUGUGGCUACAUCAGGGGUCAAAAGUCCAUUAGCUCACUAGUCAUUGAGCGUGUGAGAAGCAGGAACACAGAAGGUCAUCUCUGGCCACAGUGAGUUCAGAACAGGGAGAUCUGGGGUUACUGUAAAAUAUAUGACUAACUUUUUCUUAUUUAAAUAAAUGCUGUAAAUACAUAUUUUAGUGCAUCUGAAUGUUAACUUUUACACUCUUCUCCUUGACAGCUCCGUCUCUGUGUCAGGGGACACUAAAUAAAAUAAACAAUCACCAAAACUUGGUGAGAAAAGA